UUCUGCAUGUUUUCCUAAAAUGUGUCACUAUUAUAAAAAUCACUGUUUUUAUUAUUCUUUCUUGCAUGCUCAUAAGAGAUAAUAAGAACACAAAAUGCCAGACAAUGAAUGAAGCAUUUAAGAAAAUAUAUUUUAUGCUUAUUGAUCAAUUAGUUUCUUUCUAAUUAUCCCAAAAAGGAGCUGUUGCACUCCAGCUGUAGCACCAUCAUCUCUCCAACAUUAUUUUUUUCUUCAGACGUUAAAUCAAAGAAGAAAAGUACAGAGAGACAGAAAGAACAAAACUUUCAUCUUCCAUCUUCCAUUGACAGACCUGAAGCUAUGCGUUCUCAUCAAAACCGUUCACCAUCUUCACCUUUGGACUUAGAGUCUUUGUCUUUAAGCGUUUCCUUCAAAGGGUGGAGGCUCCCGAACAUAAAGUUCAAGUCUUGGGCUCUCAAAAUGUCAUCUUUACACAAACCCACAUGGAUACAAGCUGGCGUUUUCGAAGCAAUCAUGGCAUCCACCAAAAGAUUCGUUAAAAACACAGAUCUCCUUCUGGGUAUCGCUGAGAAAUGGUGUCCAGACACCAACACUUUUGUCUUCCCUCGGGGUGAAGCAACCAUAACACUAGAACACGUUAUGUUCCUUCUAGGCUUCUCCGUUCUGGGCUCUCCUGUUUUCGCCGCUCAAAAUGAAUCAGGAGAGAGGGUUAAGGAGAAAUUGGUGAAAGAGAGUCUGAGGAUCAAGAAAGAUAAUAACUUUGUGUUCGUAAGUCAAGUAGAGUGGAUGAGAAGAUUCAUGAAUGAUGAUGAUGAUGGCCUUGAGCAUGUAGAUUUCCUUGCGUUGUGGCUAAGCUAUUUUGUGUUUCCGUCUGCUUAUUAUCAUAUAGAUGAAGUUGUUUUCUCAGUUGUUGUUCAUGUAUCAAGAGGGACUAGGAUUGCUCUUGCUCUUGCUGUUCUUGCUCAUCUCUAUGCAGACCUUACUCUCUUGAAACGCCACAUUAGAGAGUUCAUCACCAUAGAGGACAAGAUUGAACUGAAGGGAUUGUUUAAGUUGGUUCAGGUUUGGACAUGGGAGAGAUUCAAGGAGCUGCAACCCGAAAAGGCUAACCCUUUGCUCAAAGGUGAGGCGAGAUUGAGUAUUUGGUGUGAUCUGACGCAGAAGAGACGCAGCAAUGUGAGGGAGGUUCUUGAGGAGUCGAAAGUGGAGAGCUUUGAGUGGCGUCCUUACGCGAAGGCUUUGGAGAAUUGGAGGUUUCCUCGGUUUUGCCCUGAGGAAGCAAUGUGGGUUCCUGUUGAUAAUGAUCUUGACGAUGAGUUUGUCUCUUUUGCUCGAUGUGUCAAGGUGUCUAAGCUUGUUGGGAUUGAUUGUGUGGAGAACUACUUCCCCAAUAGAGUGGCUUCACAGUUCGGUUUGCUUCAGGAUGUUACUUGUCAUGUGAACAAGAACAACAAACUCUCGAAAGAAGCAGCUUGGGAUGAGUACAACAAGCCUCUUGAUGAGUUGACAUUGUAUAUCCCUUCUCGCUGUGUAAUACCUUGGUGGAAGAAGUCGUCUUCUGAGUGGUGGAAGAAGUUGUCUCCAGAGUCUCAGCAUACUCCCAAGGAGAAUCAAGCUGUUGAAUCAGCUGAAUCAUUGACACCAAGAAACAUCAUAGGUGAUGAUGAUGAUGAUACAUCUGAUUCUGCUUCUUCAGGUUGUAAGAGAUGGAAGUUCAUGAAGCGAGUUUAUGAGGAUGAUGAAGAUGAUAGCCUCACUAUUGCUCAAGUAAUGAAACUUAGAAAGAAGGAUACUUCAAAGGUAACACUAAGUGAAGUGCUUAAAAAGAUGGGAGAUGGGUUUCCUGAAAAGCUCAAAAGAUCUAGAUAUAUUAGAACAAGGAGAAGUGUGAGAUCAGAGAUAGAGAAAGGCAAGAUAGGAGAUUGCGGUGGAUCAGCUUCAAGAGGAGUGCUACUUGGUGACUUGUUUGAUAAGGAACUAGUGAAGAGGAAAAGUGAGUAUUUGGGAAACAAGCGAGCUCGUGAGGAAGAUGAUGAGAGUUGUUAUGAUGUCAUUACCACUGCUGAGAUGAUCAGAUGUAGAGAGAAAAGUGGAGGAGAUGCUUCUGAAGAUGAAACUGUUGUAGCAACACGAGAAAUCAAGCAAGAAGAGGCAGAUACCAGAAGCAAGGCAGCUAAUGAGAACAACUCCUUAGAUCAUCCUCUGGUGAAAACUGUAGUGUCACCACCAGAGACUAGGCAAAACUGUGAUGAUGAAGUUGAUUUAGUUAAAAUCAAUGCUGAGAAGAAGAAGAAGAAGAGGAUUAUGGUUGGUGAUGGAACCAAGGAAGCAAAGUGUUUGCUCCAUAAAGAUGGAUAAAAGCAGAAUAAGAUCGAAGAUGAUGAUGAAACUGAUGAAAGAUUGAAGCAAAGAAACAAUGCAAUGAAGGAGCUAGCAUUAACACUAGAGGCACGUAUGAUGAAGGUAGAGAAGACUUUGACAAAGAUUAGAGAAUGGAAAACAAUAGAAAUAAAGGUGGCCAAAAAUAGAGUUUCUGCUUAGAAACAAAUACAAAAAUAUCACACAAUAUCAAUCUUUAGUGUCAAAUCUUUUGAUCUCUUUGCAUAAUUUUAUGUGUUUUUGUGUUUAGUAAGUAAGGCGCUUUUGAAAUAUAUGUAUGACCUGUUUGGUUCGGUUUA